AUUCAUUACCACUUAUCUCACAUGGAAAGAAGCAUAUUCACAUUUCUUGUCCCACAAGUACCUUCAAAAUAACCUUUCUUUAUCUCUACUCAAGGAACUUCAAAGUAAGCCUGACAACUUCAUCAUCUUCUUAUACCACUUCUUGAUUUAUCUCUAAGAACCAAACAUAAGCCAAAACCUAGGAGAGAAAAUGGGAGACCAAGGAGUGCAACAGAUGCAGCAACCUGUUGUAGUGUAUCCAACCGCAUACACUAAACAGUAUCCAUAUCAAUCCUCUUCGUCUUCAUCUUCCUCUGGCUCUCGCGGUUCUUUUGGUACGGUCUUCAUAGUCCUAGCCGUAAUCCUUGUCUUGUCAGUUCUGGCUUGUGUCUUCGGGAGGCUAUGCAACCGUGAGGCUAAGCAGCACCACAGCAAGCAACCAAAAGGGUCGUCUAAGAAGAGCCGUGAGAUUCGGCCUGUGGACCGUGAGCCAAGGGAGAGAGGUGAUUUGGAGUUUGGGUUGGACAUGAAACGCCCUGAGAAUGUUGAGAAACCCUCUCGAAGAGAUCAGGGUGAUGAUAUAGAAUUGGGGUUUGAUAACAAGAGAGAAGAAAGAGGAAGAGGGGGUCCACCUCCUCCUCCCGUUAUCAAACAUGGAGUGAGGUUCAAGUUACCGGAAAAUGGAGACCAUCAUGCUAAAGGUGAAGUCAGACGUGGAGGUCCUGACUUUGAGUUCCGACCAAGACACUAAUUAUCUUGUUUUGUCCAAAAACAAACCACUUAUGCUUAUUAUAUCUUAACUGCUUUAUUUCGUUUCUUGUUUGUGUUUUUUUUUCUUUUCUAGAUUGAUUUUAUGGGUAUGGAACUUAGAGCUGAAGCUAUCAAACUUCUAAGUCUCUUGGUGUGAUAUAUACAGCAUUUUCUAUGUAAAU